AUGAAUUCUGUGAAGGAUGAGAUUGUUAGGAGUUUUUACACUGCUUUGAAGAACGGUCCACUCGAUGGUCAGCCAAUCAGACAAGUAAAAUUCAGCAUUGUUGAUGCUGCUUUUCCUCCUGAGUCGUCGGAUGCACCAUACAGCCUCUCGAUUUAUGAUCUCAUUCAUUCCACUCUUCUUCAUGCAACACCUCAUCUUAUGGAGGCAAUUUUUUAUGUGGAGAUUCAAACAUUUGAAAAUUAUUUGCCCGACAUUGAGAGGUUUUUGUCCCGUGAGCAUGGCUAUAUAACUGCUAAUGAGGCACGACAAACCACCGCUGUUCGCUUAGUGAAGGCCUUUUUACCGGCUCGUGGCUUGAUUGAUUUUGAUGAUGGUCGACUGCUGGGUACUAAAAACCAAGCAAUAGCAUGUUGUCUGUUCAGCCAUUGGGCUGUAGUCCCAUCACAUCCAAAGUCUGUGGUUGGACGAGAAUGGUUUGUAGCCUGA